UUCACAGAAUACGGGUGGGAAGAAAAUAACGCGUCGCACACACUUGUUUUGAUAAAAUUACUUAUUAUUUUUGAGUCUUCGACAGUCCUGACAGUUGUGACCAGUAUCCAUAUAUUAUUUAGCCAUUCAUUUACCACCUACGAAAUACAUUAGGUCAACAGUAACAACGCCACCAUGGGGUUUCUGCUUUCUAAAUCGAUGGAUGCAAACUUUAAAAAGCAGCAAGAGUUCAUGCUUCAUAAUUCACGGCUGCAGAUGGAGCGUCAGAUCUUGAUGCAGAACCAGAUGAGAGAGAGACAGAUGGCUAUGCAGAUCGCCUGGUCCAGAGAGUUUCUCAAGUACUUCGGCACUUUCUUUACAAUGGCCACAGUGGGACUCACUGUAGGUGCCAUUAAAAGAAAAAGACCAGGAAUGAUGGCUCCCCUUGUUCCUCUCGGCUUCAUAUUUGCCUACCAGAUGGACAGCGGUUAUGGAACACUCAUUUAUCGUAUGAGGGGGGAGGCUGAGAGUAUCAUGGCGUCCGAACACGACCGUCUGGACUUACCUAACGGGACCCCUACCUUUGAAAGCAUAGAGAAAGCACGUCGUGCUAAAAGCACCCUCUCCUCCUUCCUAGAGAAAUAAUGCGUUGGUUAUUUCAGAGAAGUGAGACACAGUCCAAAUCGUCCAGAUGAUGCUUUUGCUUAAUUAUGGAAAAAAAACAGUCAACUACCACUUGCCUUUUUUUGAAGAUUGUGAGUCCAUGGUUUGCACUAAUUAUUUAUCAUGGAGCUCAAGAUAAAUUAGUCUCAUUAUUAUAAAUAUAAAGGUGAUGUUGCUUUGUUUGUGGUUAUUGUUAUUGAUGUACAUCAGUUGCCAAAAUCUUUUUUCAGCACCAGAUUGCAUACUUUAUAAAAGCAGACUGACUUUCAGAAAACUGAAAUACCAAAGUACACAUUAAUACUACAAUUUAUCAGUCGGUCAUCAUAUCAGGUCAGGAUAUGUGUCAAUUCCAUUUAUCUGUUGCAACAUAAUUGUCUUGAAUGAAUAUGCCUCCACAAGUUGUAUUGUUAGUCAUACAUUUGUCCUGAUGGCAGAAUAUGCUUCUUAGUCUGAAGUGUUACAUUCAAAUUAUUAUUAGAGCUGAAACCAUAACUUAAUUGCUCAGUCAAUUGACAAAAAAUGAAUCUGUAGCAAUAAUAAUUGAUUAAUAGUGCAAAAGACAUUUGAAUGCAUUGGGCUCUCAGAACUUGUUUUUUUCCAUUUUAUAAACUUAAUAAUCAAGAAAAUAUUAUGCCAGAUUAUUAAAUUGUAAAAACUACUGCUGAAAUAAUGUUUAUGGUUAAAUUUGGUGCUGAUGAGCUUUAUACUAAAGGUAGGGACACCACUGGGGAAUCGGUAUGUUAUAUCAUUUUAUUAUGACAAUAGUGGUCAAUGGAUGUAAAAUAUAAUAUGGUGCUGCUAUUUAUGCAUUAUAUAUUUGCCAUAAUUAAACUAUUUUUUUGUCAUGGAAACUACAUUUGUAAAUUCAAUAAAAAGAAAUAUUGCCAAGA